AUGAGUAAGUAUGCGAAAUACGUAGAUUUAGUUAAACAAACCACCGAAUAUGCAAAGAGAAUGAAAAGACUCAGUAACCGCAUAUUCGGAGAAGUAGUACGGCCUACAAAUCCCAAAUCAAUGAAGGUUGUAAAACUGUUUAGUGAAGAACCAGUGCAUUUGCGCAGGGAAGUGUAUGCCUACUAUCCGAGGCAUAUAGAAACUGGAAAACUAAUGAUGAAAUUAAGAUAUUAUGGUUUGUAUAGAGAUGAACAUACCGAUUUCAAGGAGGAAAUGGAUAGAAUGAGAGCGUUGAGAGGAAAACCUAAACAUAUACGAAAGAGUAAAGCUGAACGUGAAAAAGAAGGGAAAGCUAAAGAAUAG